AUGGACCUUGCCUACGAUCAUAUUCAAGAGGAAGCUCUCGCGCCGGAAAAGAAGCUCGAACGAAACGAAAAACAGCCUGAAACCACUCUCAAUUCAGAUUUCCAGGAAGCAUACAAGGCCAUCUCCUCUAGUCCAUGGGGUGCCAAGCUUGGUGGCUUCUUUGGAAGCGUCGUUAAACAGGGCGAGGAAGUCUACAAGGAGGCGCAAAAAGAACUCAGUGAAGUAGGGGAAGAAGCAACCAAAGGCCUAACAGGACUCCGAUCAACGUUAAUCAGUAGAACAAAAGGUUUCUCUCUUCGAAUACCUUCGCCAUCAAUUGAUGCCCCUGAAAAUAGUGGCCUUGAGGAGAAAGAGAUACAAGCUGAGGAAGUGCUUACGCCGUCCGGGGGUGUGCUCGCACGACUUCGUUCUGAAGCCUCUAAACGACUGAAGAAAAUUGAAGAGGCAGAGGAUGCCGCCGACGAAGCACUAUUGAAGUUUGGUACUAAUAUUAGAAAUCUUUUCCGUGAUGCUAUAACUAUCGCACCACCAUCCGAAUUAUCAGAAGGGCAACAAGACUCUGUUAAAUUCGAAAGCAAGGAUGCUUCGGGCAGAAGAUUUAUUCAUACAACUCGUUUCGACGCUCAACUUCAUGUCAUCCACACAUCAUCAGAAAGCUUUACCCAGAACUCCCCGAGCGAUGAGUACAACGAGUGGGCUAAAAAAUUCGAUGUAGAGAGUCAGACAGAAGCUAUCAGCAAAGAUUUAGACCUUUAUGUAGAAUUAAGAGGCCUGAUGGAGAAAUUAGUCCCGGACACGAUUUCGUAUACAGAUUUUUGGACUCGAUACUACUUCUUAAGACAUAGCAUUGAGACUGCUGAAGCCCGUAGGAAAGACCUACUCAAGGGAGCUGCUGCUUCUGCAGAAUUAGAAGUUGGAUGGGACGAAGAUUCAGAUGAUGAAAAGGAUGCGAAAACUGAAGUUAAGCCCGUUAAAGAGUCAAUUUCAGCUCACUCCUCUGCUACUAUUCUCCCAGGAAAAUUCCCUGUUGGACCACGGCUUCUAAAUGCUGAAGAGUCUCGCUGUUCGCAAGAUGAAAAGUCCAUUGCUGACAGUGAAGCAAGCUACGAUGUUGUGGGUUGUGCAUCAGCUGCUCCAAGCAACGCUGCUGGCAGCCCCAAGCUGGAUAAAGAUGAAGAGAGCGAAGAAGACUGGGAAUAG